GACGUAUGAGGAGGCGUUCCGAAGUCCCAGUGACUCUACAAGCGCACUGAGAAGCACUGUUUGCUGCGCAGACGAAGGACGGCUGCAGCUGACAAAGCUCACUUCUGUUCGAAAUCUGUCAGGGACAGGCACUUAAAUCGCAGAGUGUACGACAAGUGCCUAAGGAAUGGCACUAGUAGCUGAUGAGGACCAGCAGCAGCGUGAGAAUCAUCUGACGGAGGCAGAGAAGCUGGAACGGCCUGACGAGGAGCCGCAGAGGAAUCAGUGGCGUGAUGAAGGAGCGAAGGAGGCCCAUCAUGAGGAUGGCCGGGCGCCGGCAGGGCAGCCGCAGGGGGUGGCGCCGGACGGGGGCUGGGGGUGGGUCGUCGCCGCCUCCGUCGCCUUCAACAGCGUGGUGAUGCUGUCGUCAGCGAUUUCGUACCCAUUCGUCUUCGCAGACUACUUGGCGGAGCUCGGACACGGCACUGAGGCCAUGACCACCAUCGUCAGUGUCUGCAUGUGCAUUUCCUCAUUCUCCGGUCUGUUGUGCAACCAGCUAUUUCGGCGGUUCUCCUACAGGCAGAUCGCGUUGGCGGGAGCUGUGUUUUUCGUUUUAGGACAAGGACCAGUGGCGCUGGCGACGUCGUUUACACAUUUUAUCCUCUCAUCUCUAUGCCUCGGUAUCGGCAUAGGACUGAUAAUGCCGGCCACGUUCACGUGCUUCAACAGCUACUUCGACCGCAGGAGGACCUUCGUGAUGGGCCUGGUGCAGUUCGUCGUGGGCCUGGGGACCGUCGGCAUCCCGGUCAUGGCGCAGAGGCUCGUAGCGUCGGUCGGCUUCAGAAUGACGCAGGGCAUACUGUUCGCAAUCAGUCUUCUGUUGUUCCCUGGAAUGGCAGUUAUGAGACCUAUAAAAUAUUCGGAGAGUUAUCAGAGCGUAGAAAGCAAUGAAGAAUCCUCAGCACAAGCUGGCAACCCAGAGGAAACAUGCGAAGAAAAUCAAACUGGAACGAAAAAAGGAUCUGUGAUAGACUUAGUGGAGGCAAAGUUCGUACACGACUUUAUCACGCGAAGCACGGAGAAUGUAAAUUAUAGUCGUCUUAACACGUCGGACGACAACGCUGAAAAGCGUGAGGGGUCAGAUGAACAGAAAUGUGACCUUCUGCAGAAGGGGAGAAAUGCUAAGGAGGUAGAUAAGGUCAACAGCGACAGCAAGACGACUCAGCGCGGAGGCAGCAGCCUGCGACCACGGGUCUCCGUCACCAGCGUGGUCAGCGCACCCUUUCCGGAUUCUGUGGGCAACAAGUCGCAGACCUCGUCCAAAAGCUGGUGGCUGACCGUGGUGGACCUGUUCGACCUGAGACUGCUGCAAGACCUGCGCUGCACUAACAUCCUGGUCGGCACGGCGCUCUCCAUGUUCGUUGACAUGGUGUUCUGCACGCUGCUGCCGCUCUACCUGUUCCACAACGAGUUCUCCCGCGAGGACUCCGCGCUCUGCAUAUCCGUGAUGGGGAUCGCCGACCUCGUGGGCCGCUUCAGUGUGGCUGUGCUGGGAGCCUGCUGCGUGCCCGACAACAGACUCGUCUUCCUACUGAGCUCAGCGGCGACUCUGGUCAUCCGAGCACUGUACAUCUUCUUCACCGACUUCAUGGCCAUCGCGGUGCUGUGUGCGCUGCUGGGCUUCUGUAAGUGCUUCAUGUUCGUGCUGGCGCCUCUCGUGGUGGCCGACUCGUGCAGCCAGGAGCGCUUCCCCGCCGCGCUCGGGAUCCAGACCGUUAUGGGCGGCGUAAUGACCGUGGCCUUUGGACCUGCCAUCGGUAAAGUUAGAGAUGUGACGGGCAGCUUUACCGCGAGUUUUAUUGCAAUCACUGUCCUCGGCCUGUUUUGUGUGGCACCGUGGACUCUGGAAAUGGUGGUAACCGCAGUCAGGAGACGGCGAAAGGUGAUCAACAAGUGAGCGACGCUGCGUCAUGUCAAGUAUUUUCUGCUCUAGAGGGUAUAAGAGUCAUCAAUAAUUUCCGUAAGAAGACUACAAUCAUUCACACCAGCUGUUACGAAUCUGUGAGAUAGAAAGGCUCCUACUUGACGAAGGUGUGAGAAUCUUAAUUUUUCUGAGCACGUGUAUGAUCAAUUGAUUUUUGUGUACAGGAAAAUCACAUUCCGAAUAAUGUUUCACACAAGUAUAGAGAGACCCAAAUGAAACGGUGUGCCUCAAAAGGUGUGCUUUAUCUGAUUUUGUAAUUAGUGUGAAGCUCAUUCUGGAACAAAAUAAUACUUUAUCAUAGAGUAAUAUCGUUUCUAAUAAUACAAAAAGAUAACGCACACUAUUUGACACGUGGUUUUAUUCAUUUUUCUGGUUGGCUUCGUUGAACUCUGAGGCACUUUAAAGUCAGUUCAAUUAAACGCUGCCCACACGCCUUUCGGUCUCCUGGGGACUCAACCAGUCAAUCACAGCAACUGUAACUUUCCAACAGAGUGUGCAACAUCAUCAUGAGAAGAGCUUAUCGGCCAUUAUUGCGAUACCUUUACAAUGUAGAGAUUGACCGAAUCUAAGCCAGCGGAAUUCGUCUUGAACUUAAAUGGGUCUGUAAUCUGAUUUGCUGUUAUACUGAAAUGUCUUGAAGAUUACUGCAAAUAUAAACAUUAUAUGUUAGUAAUUUAUAUCCUCUUGGACAAUUGAAAUAUAAUAUUUUUUUCUCGUUACAGAGAAAUAAUACAUAGAGAAAUUAUGUAAAUAUGCAUGUAAAUGAGAAAACGGAACUUUGUUACCUGAAAUAUAUUUUAAUUUAUUUGGUA